AUGAAUACUCUGCAUUCUCGACGUUCUGUCCUCGGUGUUGUCAUUGGAUCCAUGCUACUUCCAAGUGUCGUCUCGUCAUCACCAGCCUUUGCCGAAGAUGCAGCAAACGGCACCACGCCUACAUUUGUAUCUACAGGAGCGGCAGCGGCUCGAGAAAACCUCCUCUCUGCCAUUCAACAGGGCAAGCCCGAUGCCGAAGUUCUUGCCGCUAUUGAUCGAUUGAAGCCCUUCAAUCCACUGCCACCGACAUCAUCGACAGCGGCGAAGAGCUUGGAAGGAGAAUGGAGACUGCUGUGGUCCAUCAAUGAUGAUUUUUCUCCUCUUUUGAGACUACCCAAACCAUUCAAGCCCAACUCGUUUCAGUAUUUUGGACCGAUUGCGGCUGCCGAAGUUGGAGAAGGUCGGGUCGCUCAAGGAUUGACUAGUGGACUCUUGGGAAAUUCUCAGUUGUGGUUGUCUUCGGGGACAGAACCACUGCCAUACAAAACUGUGGAAAGUGGUAACGCUCCUUAUCGAUUGGAAAUUGAACCUCCCUUUCGAUUCCAACUUGGAGGUAGGCUGGGGACUAACCAGCCAAAGAGAAUGAUAGUCGAAGCUGGAAACGAUGCGGAUUUCCGUAAGGUCAAUGCCCGAACGAAAGAAGCGCAAUUGGCUGGCAAGAAUGUAUACGAACAAAUAUAUGUGGAAUCCAAAGGCAAGGGGUCGCUGCGCAUAUCCACGAUCACGGAAGGUGAUCCGGCUAUUAUUGGUACAAUUCUCAUUCAUGAGAAGAUGUAG